AUGCUUGCAAGGGGCAAGGCCAAAGAAAGGGACUUUCGAGUCCUUCAGAAGGCCUAUCUGGCCGAAGAAAAGAGGAUCCUGGCUAAGGCCAUGGAAUACGAACAAAAGGCCGAAGAGGCAAAGAAGGCCACUGCGCCUGAUGAUGACCAAAGUUUUCUUGCGAAGUGGAAAAAACUCCAAGAAGAGAAGAAUGGGGUGAAGGAGGAAGAGGAGAAGGAGGUGAAGGAGGAGACCGAAGAAUGA